GGGGGGGGAAGGCCGCCGCGACGAGCUCUCCUGUUCCAACUCGAGCUCCGGGAAAGCGGGAGCGGCGGCGAGGACAGUCGCGAGCCCGGCACCCAGGGAAACUCUCUCUCUCUCUCUCCCCCCUCCGCACUUCCCCCUCGGGAUGCCGCACUGGCCGCGGAGCGUCGCCCUCGGGGCAUAACUCCCUGCCAGCCCUUACGGCGCACGCCGCCUCUGGUCGCCGUUGGUGGCGGCGGCGGCGGCGGCGGCGGCGGAGGCUCAUACUCGCUUCCCCAACACACGGGCCGCUCGGCCGGGAAAGCGGGAGAGAAGGAGGAGGAGUGGGGGGGGGGGAGAGAGAGAGAGAGCCGGCGUCGGAUGUUCGCGUUACGCCACACCGGUGCUGUGGUUGAGGCCUGGGCUCGUCUUCGGCGGGGGAAGCCAGCGAGCAGAUCCGGAAGAGGCGAGGCGGAGACGGGGCAAGAGUAAGCAGAAUGGUUUUGAUUGCAAAAAAUGAGGAACUGGAAGACUGCUUGUUGCCUUCAUUAAAAUGGAUUAUUUAUUAUUAGAGUAAUUUAAAUUCCUUGUAACUGUACUACAGCUCCUCCAUCUACAUAAAAAUGAGUGAAGUACAGGCAAUGGUAGAAUUCUCUGUGGAGCUCCACAAAUUUUAUAAUGUGGAUUUGUUUCAAAGAGGAUUCUAUCAAAUUCGUGCAUCUAUGAAAAUUCCUCCAAGAAUACCACACAAAAUUGAAGCAAGCUUAUUACGUGCAACUAGUGCUGAUCUUGCCUUCCCAGCUUCUGUGCAUGACAAUGUAGUCUGCAGUAAAACAUUUCAGAUUCUCUACAAAAAUGAAGAGGUCUGUGUGAAUGAUGCAAUGAUCUUCAAAAUUAAAAUGCUAUUGGAUGAAAGAAAGAUUGAAGAGUCUCUUAAUGAAAUGAAUUUCCUACUGUCUUUAGAUCUGCACUUCACAGAUACAGAUUAUUCACCAGAGGACCUGAACACUUUGCAGCUAAUUAGUAGCCGAACGCUAAAGUUGCACUUUACUUUACACCGAGGCCUUCAUCAUUACGUUAAUGUUAUGUUUGAUUACUUUCACCUUUCUGUCAUCUCUGUUAUAGUGCAUGCCUCUUUAGUUGCUCUUCAUCAGCCAUUGAUAAGCUUUCCUCGCCCUAUAAAGAAUACUUGGUUAAACAGAAAUGCACCAGCGCAGAGCAGGGAUUCUGUGAUUCCUUCUCUUGAAAGUGUUGUCUUUGGCAACAAUUACACCAAGCAAUUAUCAGCUGAUGGUUGCAGUUUUGUAAUAGCAGAACCUUUCUUGAAUCAUGCUUACAGUCUUCACCAUACACUUUGUGCCAGUUUGCUGUUCGCUUUCAAAGGAUUACACAGUUAUUUUACCAAUUUAUCGAAUGAACUGCCUUCCUGUCACAAAUUAGAUGCAGCCAAGUCCAGCAUGCAGGUCCUUUAUGAACGUCUUCUCAGAAGAAAAUAUCUACGAAUCCAGGGAGACGCCUAUCUAGAGAACGUAGAUGUAGAUGUAGAAGCACGCCUUUUGGAACUCUGUGAAGAAAUAAAGAAAAUGGAAAAUCCUGAUGAACUGGCAGAACUUAUAAACAUGAAUCUUGCACAGCUGUGCUCUCUCUUGAUGGCUUUAUGGGGACAAUUUCUGGAAUCUGUUAACUUCCACGAAGAUGUCAUUGCACUAUUAUCACAAGAGCAUCAUAUAAUGCGUGUACGUAGAUUUUCUGAAGCUUUUUUUUGUUUUGAACAUCCCCGGGAGGCAGCCCUUGCGUAUCAAGAACUUCAUGCCCAGAGUUACCUUCAGAUGUGUACUGCAAUAAAAAGCACUUCCUUCUGUAGUUCUCUCCCACCUCUCCCAAUUGAAUGCAGUGAAUUAGAUGGAGAUCUGAAUUCCUUACCUAUAAUCUUUGAAGAUCGGUAUCUAGAUUCUGUCACUGAAGACGUGGAUGUUCCCUGGCUAACUAUUCAGGCGAAGUCUGAUUCCAAGAAACCAGAAAAACAAGAUACUGAAGAAAAUUUCACAACUACCUUUUUGAGUCCAGAGGUGAAAAAUAAACAUUUGGUAGCCUCCGAAAGUGAAAAGCAGCUUACAAAGUCUACAAAAGGAAAAUGUGAAGAUAUCAAUAAGUCCAAAGUUAAGGUCACCAAAUUAAUAAAAACAAUGAAACCUGAAAAUCCCAAAAAAGUAGUAAAACAAAAUUCUAAAGAUUCUGUUGUCCUAGUAGGCUAUAAAUGUUUGAAAAGUGCAGCAGCAGAGGAAAUUGCCCAGUGUUUUGAAGGAACUUCUUCAUACAACGAAAAAGAAGGACUGGAUGUUACUAUUGCUGAACAUGCCUGGGAUACAAAAAUCUCCCUACAACUAGUUGGUCAAAAAGAUUUUAAAGUUGAACAAAAAAAUAUUAAACUACAAGGGAAUGAGGAAAGCCUGCAUACUUCCGUCACCUCUCCCUAUGCAGAUUCAGUUAGUUUGAGUAAAUUUUGUACCACCCAGACUGGAAUUGAUGACAGUCAUGAGGAUAUCAGUUUGACAUCCAGAACUGCUGCUGACAAUUAUGUUACUUCUUCCGCAGUUACAAAAAUAGAAGUGAAACCAUACUGUAGGAAAUCACAUGGAGGAGAUAAAGUGUUUGUUCGAAUUGGAUCAGGGACAGAAGAUUUACCAGGGGAAGCAUUACCAGAACUUACAUUUGAAGGUUCAGAAUCAGAAAAGAGAUCUAAAUCAGAAGAGGAACUAACUCUUGAAACAAAAGUUGUGCAAGAAACAGAUCUCCAACAUGCUGAGGAUUCUUUGACCAGGGUCACAGCUACUCAAUCAACAAAAGAAAUUCCCACUACAGUUUUAAGUGGAGAGACACUUAAAUUGCCUGAUGUUAAUAAUACCUAUGCAUCAUCUAGGUUCUCGGAUUCUGGUGUAGAAAGUGAACCAAGUUCUUUUGCAAUGCAUCCAAGUGCAGAUGCAGCUUUUGAAACUCCUCAAGGCCAAAGCACAUGCAACAGUGAAAAAGCAUUUCCUCAACUUGUCCAAAAACCAGAUGUCAUGAUUAAAGCUCUGAUGGAAAGUCACUAUACUGAGAGCACAAGUGAAAUACAAUCUUCUCUGACAUCUAUAAACUCUCUCCCUUCUGAUGACGAUCUUUCCCCUGAGGAAAAUUCCAAGAUAUCCGUUUUACACGAAUGUCAAUUAAGGGACAGUAAAACAGUAUUAGACUUGGGAGCAAUUGAUUUGACAAAAUGUGAUGAUGUUGAUGAGCCCGAUAUUUUGCCACCUCACUGUAUAACGUAUUUUGAACAAUCAGACAAUGAAACUACAUGUUUGCCUUCCUUGACCUCAAAAAUCAAGCAUCCUCAACAGCUAGUUUGUAAUGAAGAUACAUCUACAGCUAUGAACAUUCAUGGCCCACAAUUCACUUUAGACAAUACAUGUAAAGAUGCCCAAAGAUUAGAGAAAGACUUUUACACUGUAGAAAAAUCAAGUGAAAUUCCUUCAGGAGUUGUUUAUCCAGGAAACGCCUGUGUUGUUUCAGGUUCUGUAAGUUCCUGUGCUGAUAGUGCGAGAAAGACAAGUGAAAGGAAUAUUGAUGAAAUGUUAGAGCAAAAAGAAAUGACUGAUAAGUUAUUAAUUACAAAAAAUCAAAAUCUUACAAACUUGAAUGUCCCCUCGUCAGAAGGUAGUACUGAUAUAUUAAAACAAGGACUUGUUGAAAACUACUUUGGCUAUCAGAAUAGUACAGAGAUUUCCAAUGUGAGUUCUGUUGACAGCAGCAAUCUUGUUAGCCCUCAAAGGGGAACCUUAUGUUUUGCUUCCCCACAGGAGGAGGAAGAGGAGGAUCAAGAUCAAAGCAUGGUGGAAAAUGGUUAUUUUGAGGAAGCAGUAGAUGAUCUUUUGUACAAAACUAUAAAUGAUUGUCUUGAUGACUUUGAUUUAACAAGUGAAAGAGGUUUAAGAAUAGAAAGUUUGUCUAAUGAACUGUUGGGAAAUGAGACAAAUACAGCUCCAUUAUGCAAGCCAGAUAGUUUGAUUUUUCCUCCAGGCUUGAAAGGAUAUCCAAGUAGCAAUUUAUGGUCCGCACAUGAUAAAUCCAGUUCUUUUUCCAAGCAGUCCAGCACCUCGUCCUGUAGUGCAAUUUUAUCUGUUCCCUGGUAUGAAUAUUCUCCCAAACCACAAAUGCUAGCAUUCCUUCAUGCUAAAGACGAAUUGAAGCAACUUCAGCUUCCUGGAUUCAUGUACAGUGAUGUUUCCAGUCUAGCAUCUUCCAUGCCUUAUUUCAGUACAGAAGAAGAAAAUUCGGAAGAUGGAAUACAUCUCAUUAUCUGUGUGCAUGGCCUAGAUGGUAACAGUGCAGAUUUAAGAUUAGUAAAAACGUACAUUGAACUUGGUCUUCCAGGAGGUCGUAUAGAUUUUCUGAUGUCUGAGAGAAAUCAGGUAAAUGACACAUUUGCUGAUUUUGAUUCAAUGACAGAUCGCCUUUUGGAUGAAAUAAUCCAGUAUAUUCAAAUUUACAAUCUAACAAUUUCAAAAAUCAGUUUUAUUGGACAUUCACUGGGUAAUUUAAUAAUCCGUUCAGUACUCACAAGACCUAGGUUUAGAUAUUACCUCAAUAAACUUUAUACCUUCCUCUCUCUGUCUGGACCACAUCUUGGUACGCUCUACAACAGCAGUGCUCUUGUUAAUACAGGCCUCUGGUUUAUGCAGAAGUGGAAGAAGUCAGGAUCUUUGUUACAGUUGACCUGUCGAGAUCAUUCAGACCCCCGGCAAACCUUCUUAUACAAACUUAGUAGAAAAGCAGGUCUUCAGUAUUUCAAAAAUAUAAUAUUAGUAGGGUCCCUGCAAGAUCGUUACGUCCCUUAUCAUUCUGCCCGUAUUGAGAUGUGCAAAACAGCUCUGAAGGAUAAACAAACAGGACCAAUAUAUGCUGAAAUGAUCCAGAAUAUGCUUCUGCCUGUUCUUCAAAGCAAAGAUUGCAAUUUAAUUCGAUACAAUGUACAUUGUGCACUGCCAAACACAGCUGAUUCUCUGAUAGGAAGAGCUGCACACAUUGCUGUUUUGGAUUCAGACAUAUUUUUGGAAAAGUUUUUUCUAGUUGCUGCCCUAAAAUAUUUCCAGUAGGAAUAAAAACAUUGUAACAGACUUGGUUAUUACCUCAUUAACAGAUAAAUAAUGUGUGAUAUUAAACUGUAGUUACUGCGGUAUUUUAAGAGAUAUUUAUACUUUUUUAUAUGGAAGAUAAUUUAUAUCAUCCAUGUGAAGAGCUUUUUUAACAUCAACUUUACUUUCUAGGUAUGUGGCUGUGCAAUAUUUUUAAUGUUUUUUUUUCUAUUUUUCUUAUUUUGGGUACCUAAUUAUUUCAGAACAGAUUUAAGCACAGUUAUGUGCAAUUGCUGGAUUUAGACUGCAAAUGUUAUAUUGACUACAUUUUUAUGUGUCUUUAGAUGCCAAAAACUCUAAAUUUCAAUGUCUAAGGUAUUAAUUUGAUAGAUCUCUUUAGAACUCUAAAAAGCUGAACUGGAAAACUGCUGGCUGCUAAAAUAACUAUAAUAAGUAUAUAGGUUUGUUCAAGACCACUCUUUUGAGACACCUGUUGGUUACGUCACUACAUUCAAGCUGAACUACUUUCUAGAGAAGCAUUAUUGAAUAUACUCUGCCUGUGGAAACUACAUUUUUCUACUGAUCUCAAUAGGACAUUAGUUUACAUUUUCACCUUUAUUACUGGAACAUUAGUUUUCAUAAGCAAGCAAUUAAGGAUUUUUGAAUGUUGAAAUGUGAGCUGCCUUCAAGUGGAGUUUUGAAAAAUUUAAUAAAAUUGCUCUUUAUAUUGGUUCAGUUCUUCAGUGAACCUUUUACAUGGGACUUCCUUGUAUGUACAUUUUUAAAAAAGUAAACAUAAAUUUCUGCAACACUUUUAUGAAUGUAAAUUUUUGAAUAUUAAAAUUUAUUGACAAAUUAUUGUAAAUAGAAAUCAGUUGCAUCUUGAAAUGGAAAAAAAGUGCGAAAUUUUUGUGAUAACUAGUUUUUUUAAAAAUAUCCAAGAAUGCUAAAAGUCUUACUGAGGUUGAAAAAUAGUGAAUUCAAUAUUCAUCCCUUUUCACCUUUUUUCAGGCAGAAUGCUUUUAAAAGGGAAAAAAUCUUGUCAUUAUGCAAUUGUAACGAACAAUUUUUCCGAGAAUACAGUUUUGUAGUAUAUCUAAUGCAUGUUUAUUUUCUAACAUUAUGUUAUUGCAUCUUGUGUUAUUAAACUAAAAAAAUUAUUAGAGAAAGCAAGAUUUUGCUUUUUCCACUUCCUGAGGAUAAUAUAUAACCUCACAUAGAGCUUGAUAAGAGAUUGAAUAUCACUUAAUUUGACAGGUUUUCACUGCAAACUGUCCAUAUGUGCUACUGGUUUAAAAUCUUGCAUUUUCUAAUUUGAAUAGUGUUUAAGAGUAGUUUAAUUAUGUGGAUGUGCAAUGGUUUGCAAUAGUGUGUUACUGAAUUUUAUUGAGCAAGGCUUAGAAAUAAUUACUGCUACUGGGCCAUUUCACCGAUUGUACUAAGAGCCCAAUCUGUGGUUAUUUCUCAGAAGAAAAUCCCUAUGAGUUUUAAAGGAAUCAGUUUUUGAGUACUGAUACAACAAUUUUAUGAGUGGCAACAUUUACUAACAAACACAGAUUCACAGAAAUACCUAGUUUUUUAUGCAAUAUAUAAAUAAUUCUAAGAUUGCAAUAUUUUUACUGCUUGUAAAACACCAACAAUUCUCAUUUUGAAAACAUACUAAAAAAAAGACUAAUCAGGCUUUGGCCUAGUUAAUAUAUAAGAAUGGAAAAGUAAUUUAGAAGCAGUGGAAAGGUCUUAAUAGUGUAUGUUAAUGAAUUGUUGAAUUUUUUUUUCUGUUUGCAUUCUUGAAACUAAAAGCGAAGAGAAAGAAGGUGAAUCAA